AAGGUCCAUGAUCAACCCUCCACAACCACAAAGCUUUGAGUUUGAUACACAAUAGAAAGAGAGAGAAACCUAUUUUUUCAACACCCAUCCACUACAAGGAGCAAAAAACAAAGAAAGAAAGUAACCUUUCAAUCCCUAGCAUGAGAGAAUUACAACAGAGAAUUAGAAUAGCAUAAUCAGUGGUAGUAAUAGUCAUCAUAACACAACAAGGGAAGGCUUAAUUUGUUUUUGUUUUUACUUCUUUUUUUUUUCUUUUAAAUAUUUUAUUUUCUACCAAUACCACAGCAUCCUUGUCCUUUAAUGUCCAUUUCAUUUUCAUUCCCUUGUGCUAUAGCAUAAACCAAACUUCUCGAUACGUACCCUUUCACCUUUCUGUCCUCUCCUUUUCUUUUUCCCCUCAAACCUCUGAAAUUUCAACCUCAUCACUUUCUCUCUCUUUGCUCCUCAAAUUUCAUAUACAAAUUUAUCACAAGGCUUGAAGUUCUUUCUGAUCGAGAUGAUGAAAAAGGAAGAAGAUCAAGGGCAGUGUUCUCCGCAAGCAAUCCACAACACCAUUCAAAGCUACCAAGAACAGUUAUUCCUUCAGCAGCAGAUGCAGCAUCACAACCCAAACGGUACGGAUCUUUAUAUCGGCAGCGGUGGAAGUGGAAGGGGGUUAGUGUUCCCUCCUGAAGCCUCUCCAAUCAUGCAAUCACCAUGGUCCAUGCCACCGGUUCACCCUUUCAACCAAGCCGGUCCGGUUCACCCGGUCUCCCAUCAUAAUGAUAACAAUAAUAACAACCACGAUCCUUUCCUUGUUCCUCCACCGCCUCCGUCGCCAUACGCAAGUUUCUUCAAUCGAAGGGUCCCGUCUCUGCAGUUCGCAUACGAGGGCCCUUCUUCUGAACACCUCAGGAUCAUAUCUGACUCGCUUGUUGGGCCCAUGGUUCAUCCCGGUUCUGUGGGCCCGUUUGGGCUCCAGGCCGAGUUAGGCAAGAUGACUGCCCAAGAAAUCAUGGAGGCUAAGGCUCUUGCGGCCUCCAAGAGUCACAGUGAAGCUGAAAGGAGACGCAGAGAGAGAAUCAAUAACCAUCUUGCCAAACUCCGCAGCUUGUUGCCAAACACAACUAAAACAGAUAAAGCUUCAUUGCUAGCAGAAGUGAUUCAACACGUGAAGGAACUGAAGCGUCAAACUUCACUGAUAGCAGAAACGAAUCCAGUUCCGACAGAAUCCGACGAGUUAACGGUGGAUACGACGGACGAAGACGGAAGGUUUGUAAUCAAAGCGUCUUUAUGCUGCGAAGACCGUUCAGAUCUCUUACCCGACCUCAUCAAGACACUGAAGGAACUCAAGCUGAGAACCCUCAAAGCCGAGAUUACCACACUCGGCGGCCGCAUGAAGAAUGUGUUGUUCAUCACCGCGGACGAAGAAGAUUAUUAUAGUAGCAACGCCGGCAGUGGCGGAGGAGAGCAAAGCCUUCAGCUGGGACAUUAUUGUAUUAGCUCAAUACAAGAAGCGCUGAGGGCUGUCAUGGAGAAAGGUGGUGGUGAUGAAUCUGCUUCUGGGAAUGUUAAGAGGCAAAGGACGAAUAUCAAUAUCCUUGAACAAAGGUCUUUAUGAAUUUUCACUAACUAAAGACCUAUAAUUUAUAAUUACCAUAAUAUUUAUCUAAUUAAUUAUCACUUGCUUUAAGUUAAUAUCUCUACUUUUUUUGUGGA